UUGACCACCAGAGAACACGCGGCUGCCCUCUAGUGAAGACAUCGUUGAAAGCAUUCCAGGACCACAGGGCAACUGUCAGAAGUUAUUCUGUGACGUUCACUUCUCAACACCGACACCGGGAGUCGGUCACCGAACAAGCCUUUCUGAUAGGAAGUCGGUGUAGCGCGUAGCAAUGGGCUCCAUUUCGGGUUUAUUGUCUGUGGUAGGAGCGGCAACGUUAUACCUCUAUCUCCUGUCCACUUUCCUGCCGCCCGGACCGCAACAUCUUCACCGGCGACACGCGGUGGAGUUAAACAACGAGAGCGCAGAGGGGGACGUGGAAGUUGUAGAGUACAGACUGAAGUUCCCGUCGGACCUGGAUGAGCUGAGGGAGCUGGCUGAGAUGCUGCAGUUCUAUAAGACAGAACACACAGGCUACGUGGUGCUGCUGUUCUGUAGUGCCUACAUCUACAAACAGUCCUUCGCCAUCCCUGGCUCCUCCUUCCUGAACAUGCUGGCGGGGGCGCUGUUUGGUCCAUGGCAGGGUCUGGUCCUGGCCUGUCUUCUGACCACCACCGGCUCUACCUUCUGUUACCUGCUCUCUGCUGCCUUCGGGAAGAGCUACGUCACACGCCUGUUCCCUGACAAGGUGGACAUGCUGCAGAACAAGGUGGAGGAGAACCGUAGCAGUCUGUUCUUCUUCCUCCUGUUCCUGCGGUUCUUCCCCAUGACUCCUAACUGGUUCCUGAACGUCACGUCCCCCAUCCUCAACAUCCCUGUCUCCAUGUUCUUCUUCUCCGUACUCAUCGGUCUGAUCCCGUAUAACUUCAUCUGCGUGCGGACCGGCUCCAUCCUGUCAGAGAUCUCUUCCCUGGACGAUAUCUUCUCCUGGGGGACGCUGCUACAGCUGUUGGCCAUCGCCUGUGUGGCCCUGCUUCCCGGAGCCCUUAUCAAGCUCUACAGCCAGAACCACCUCCAACUGGACGGGCUGCAGCAGAAUGGACGACACAGACAGAACCAGGGACAAGCAGCUGACGACAGAAAGAGGAGAUGACCCUGCUGAAAUACAGCCAUGCUGGGUCUGAUUGACCUUGACUGACCCCGCUGGACUGGAUUGGCCUCCACCACUACAGCUUUACACAGAGGAGUUUAUAGACUUGGUUUCAGGGGGAGAGAAACGUCUUAACUGCCACUAUGCCGAGGAUACUUAAAGGUCAUGAACAGUCGUGUUUUUCAUGAAAUCUGAUGAUAUUUGGAUGAAACCAGAUCAAAGUAUGAUGACCAAAGUAUGAAAAAAAUGAGUGUUUCUCCUACGUUGAUCAAGGUUGGUCAGAAAGAUACUGGUCCCCCAUGUCAAACACUUCAGGAUUAUUACGGGAAAAGGGGUGACAUCACCCUAACUCUCAUUGUAAUACACCAAUGGUAACAUGAUAUUCUCUUACCUCAUUUAAAUAAGUACCGCUUUGUAACCAACAUCGGAGAAGGCGUGUUUGUGGAGGGGCGUGGUUUAUACAGCUACUCUACUGGUGCCUGUAGGGUGUCAUCAAAUAUAAUUAAAAGUUUACACUAUU